CUGAGAGCCCGUCGCUGGCGGAGCGGCGCGCCGACCAAUCAGCGGCGGCGACUGGAGGCCCCGGAACGUUGGGACACCCGGGCCCCGCCCCGCGCCGUUGUUUGUGGUGUCGGCCGGGCCGCGGGAGUCGAACCACAACAUUCGCCCGGCGGCGGCGGCGGCCGGGGCGGCGGCGGCGGCGGCGAGCGAGCGCUGAGGGAGGCCUCCGCGGGCCGCCGAGCCCCGGAUCCGCGCGGCCGCUCGCGCCGGGCCUGGCGUCGCGCCAUGUCGGUGAACAUGGACGAGCUGAGGCACCAGGUCAUGAUCAACCAGUUCGUGCUGGCGGCGGGCUGCGCGGCCGACCAGGCGAAGCAGCUGCUGCAGGCGGCGCACUGGCAGUUCGAGACCGCCCUGAGCACGUUUUUCCAAGAGAGCAACAUUCCCAGCAGCCACCACCCCCCGCAGAUGAUGUGUACUCCUAGCAACACCCCUGCCACACCCCCGAACUUCCCUGACGCCCUGGCCAUGUUCUCGAAGCUUCGCGCCUCCGAGGGUCUGCAGAGCAGCAACAGCCCCAUGACAGCCGUGGCCUGCUCGCCCCCUACCAACUUCAGCCCCUUCUGGGCCUCAUCCCCGCCCAGCCACCAGCCGCCCUGGAUGCCACCCUCCUCCCCCACGUCCUUCCGUCUCCACUGCCCACAGCCCAUGUGGCCCCCCGGGGCACAGCAGGGGGGCGCCCAGCAGAAAGCCGUGGCAGCCGUGGAUGGCCAGAGAUGAGACUGGAUGCCGCUGGGCCCUGGGCUGGAGCGGGGGAGGGAGGGGGAGGGCAGUCCAGGGUUGUGGGGACAUGGAGGAGGGGCAGGGA